AUUUGUGAGACUACUAUUAAUUUGUGAGACUACUAUAAUGCGUUUGUAAGUUGACGUUCCUUACCAAUUCUCAGGAAUACAGAUAUUCUGUGGUGUUUGCGUUCACUUGAAGAGAGAUGGUGAAUGUUGUAAAAGGCCUGCUUGUGAAAUGCAGUGACUCGGCUAUCAAGCAGUAUAUAUUACACCUGGAUCAGAAGGAAUCACUGGGACGAAGGUUCAUACUACAAGAUUUAGACGAACUCCAUGUGUUUGUGGCUCUCGAUGUUGCUAAGCAACUACAACAAAAGAUUGACGAACUUAUGGAAAAAAACUCGUACUCCGAAUUUGAUCAACAAAACAAAGGAAAAUGAACACUUUUAAUUAUCAUUAUUCAACUUCCCUCUAAAGCAGUGUUAUAAAAAUACAUACCGUUAUUAUAAAUAUUAAUUUUUGCUGGUGAAAAACCUUUUGCAAUUGAGCAGAAAAAUAUCACUUACAAUCUA